GCGACGCAUGUCGGUGGUGUGUGAAGUGAGUGCGAUGAUGCUGGGCGGCAUGGAUGGCAAGGAGUACGGCGCGCUGCACGCAGCCGCUGCUGCUGCUGGAUACCCUAUGGAUGGCGACCCCAGCGCGGGCGGUAUGGGCAACCCGGGCGUGGGCGGCGCGGGCGCACAGCAGUACGGCGAGGUGAACCAGCUGGGCGGUGUUUUUGUCAAUGGCCGGCCACUGCCCAACGCCGUGCGACUGCGGAUUGUAGAGCUGGCCCAGUUAGGGAUCAGGCCAUGUGACAUCAGUCGACAGUUAAGGGUGUCCCACGGGUGCGUGUCGAAGAUCUUAGCGCGAUACCACGAAACGGGCUCCAUACUGCCAGGAGCUAUUGGGGGCUCCAAACCCAGGGUCACCACACCUAAGGUGGUUUCCUACAUAAAACAGUUGAAAGCGAAAGACCCCGGUAUCUUCGCGUGGGAGAUCCGUGACAGACUGCUGGCGGACGGCGUCUGCGACAAGUACAACGUGCCCUCAGUCUCCAGUAUCAGCAGGAUACUGAGGAACAAGCUGGGCGGCGGCGGACUGUACCCCGUGCCCCCGCUGUACCCUGUACCCCCGCAGAGGUGUUGGCCCCUGCACCAGCCUUACGACUAUUAUGUGUACCUUCAGGGUCGACAGCACGCAGCGAGCAAUCCCCACUCGCUACCCCACCCUCACCAGCAACCACCGCCUCCUCACCACACGCACGCGCUCUGACAAACGUCCUGUCUAAUUCGCGCUAUUUCCUGACAGCUGCGCUACUCGUUAGACGCUGGUUCCUGAAGGAAGCACGUCAUACACUCAAGCUAAACAUCGUUUCCAGACCAAACCGUACGCGUUGUUAUGAGCGCGCUAGUCGCCGAUAAAGUGCCAAUAGUGAAACUGUUGACGCGCUAUACGGUAAUCUGAAGAUCUGAAAAGUGCGCUAUUUUCCACAAACGUGAUCUGUGCAGUGUAUUGUGCGGUUUAUAAGACAGUGGAGUAUUUGACUGGGAGGACGAGUGCAAUUCAUGAGGACCAUUCUUGAAGUGCAGAGACAUUGUAGUUAUAAGAUUUAAAGCACCAUGACUGAAAAGGUUGAAGCAUUUGGUAAGGGUUACGUGAUAAUGCUCAACUGAGUGAUAGUGUUGUGGUAGAUGUGACGUGAUUAAAUUAUAUUUGUUUUUGUUGCAUGUCAAAAAAAUACAGACAACGGCUAAGAUCUGGAUAUCAAUAUGAAAUUGAAGUGUCAAAUAUUUUUUUUGCGGUUGGGGCAAAAAAAAGACAUUGAAAAUAUUUGUCAGUGUUGCCAACAAGGUUUACGAAUGAUUGCAAAGUAUUAAACAAUUAGUGUAAAUAAUUAUCUAUUAAUUACAGCGUUGUAAGAUAAAUAGAGAUUGAUUAGAUUGUAUGCAUAGUUUCACCAUUUCACACUCAUCAGAUUGAAUUAAUAUGACGAAUUGUUGUUAUCUGAGAAUAAAAGUAAAUUUUACUGAACGUUAACAAAUUACACUCGUAAUAAUAAAUAAUUAACGUAGAUAUCUCAAAGUUAUAGGGCUUUGCUUUGAUUUUACUUCCUCACAAUCAGAGACUUUAAUUAAAUGAAUGCAAAGCCGAAUUACCUACUCUUUCUUUUUAUUGAUAAAUUAAUUGUAAAACAUAAUAUUUUAUUUCCAGUUUCGGUUUACUCUUUAAAAAUUGUGAUGUUAAUGGAUAAUAAUUUCUACUUUUUCAAAUAAGUAAAGUCUUUUGGACCAGAAAUUAAUAAUUUUGUGAAUUAAUUAUAAGUGGGUGCAAUCGUGUAAAUAGGUAUUGUAAUUAUUUCCUAGUAUAUGGUACUUAAUAGAGAAGCUAUAGUUGCAGGGGCAAGAUUCUCUGGUAGUUUAAAUUUAUUGAGAACUGUACAAGUAUUUAUAUUUACAAACUAACGGUUAGUUUUAAGAAUAUUUUGAACAUAUCUUCGGAAUAUAUUGGUUUGUUCAUGGAA